CUCCUCUGGUUCCUCUUAUGUCCCCAAGUGUCACCGUAGCUGAUAUACCACUUGAUAUCUAGCGCCGUAGUCGGCAGAACGUCUCCGUGUCUCCUCAACUACCAAUGGUAACUUGGCGAGCAAUUUUCUUGCUGGCUGCUCUGGCUGCGGCCGCCGCCGCAGAACAAGAGCCAGCGCAGCACAGAGAUUCCCGAGACUCGUAUCUCGACGCUUACCAACACGUUCAUCAUGCGGGGACGCAGCAAAGUCCACAGAAGCAACAGCAGGAGCCCAGUUACCCUGUGUACAGCGCCCCUGCGCCGAUCUACGGACCCUCUAAAGAGGAGAAAAAGGAGCCUUCGAUGUACUACGGAGUGCCUCACUUUCAUCACCACUACACCAUGUCCGAACCUCCUCCGCCAGCAGAGCUUUCCGAGCCGGACAAAGGCCACGGCGGUUUCGAGCUGAGCACCGUGCUCAAAUUCCUGGCCAAACUUUUCGUGCUGAAACUGCUGGUGAAGAAGAUCUACUUGAUGAUGACACUUUUGUGGCUGCCGAAAGUCAAAUUGCUCGAGUGGCUUUGGAACAAGAAGAAGGACAAGGUGAAACCGAGCAAACCUACGAAACCGACCGAAGUGUCCAGCGAGGAGAACAACGACGUGCUGGAAGACGACGACGAUGACGAAUUGAGUUUCUUCAGGAGCUCCAGAUCGCUCGGCGAAUUGGCGGAAUGGGUGAACAGGGCAAUCGAGAGGCAAGAGGAGAAGAUGGAAUAAAUUUCGCAGAGGUCGGGACGAACUGUUGGAAAAGUGCCAUUGCCUCACAAGAUUGGAGCCUUAUUCUUAAUUUAUUUUACUUGCAUAGGUUAUAAUAAUUUAUUGAUCUGGAUAAUUUUUGUCAAAAUAAAACAAGAAAAGCGUUUGCUUGGAUAA